AUGAGGGCAACUAAAUGCAUUCUACAAUCGGCUUCCAAAACUUUGGACAAAUACGCUCUUUUUGUCCCAAAGACUGGUGUAUUUCCUAAAGGUUAUGAAGUAGCCUCUCUGGCUUCGGGCGUCAAGAAAAACAAUGCCCUCGACUUGGGUAUUAUUCGCAAUGUCAACAAAUCUCGCAAAUCUUCUGCAGCUGCGGUUUUCACCACCAACAGAUUCAAAGCUGCACCUGUACAAUUUUCUAGAAAAGUGUUAGACGCAACCUCUGGCGAGGGCAUUGACGCCAUUGUGGUAAAUUCUGGAUGUGCCAAUGCAGUAACGGGUGAGUUGGGUCUUCAAGACGCUGGAAAGGUCGCUACACAGGUCAACGAGCUAAUUGGCGAAAAAAACAGUACCCUUCUCAUGUCUACCGGAGUUAUAGGCCAAAGACUACAGAUGGAUAAAAUUACGGGCGGAAUCCAAACGUUGUUUGGCCAAAACAAGUUCUCGUCUGAUUUCGAUUCCUGGCUCAAGCUCGCAAAAUCUAUCUGCACCACAGAUACUUUCCCCAAGUUGAUCUCAGCCAAAUUCUCUCUGUCUGAUGGAACUGAGUAUACUCUCGUUGGGAUUUCGAAAGGUGCUGGUAUGAUUUGUCCCAACAUGGCCACACUCCUGGGUUUCAUCGUAACUGAUUUGCCUAUUAAAUCCAGUGCCUUGCAAACUAUGCUUACCGGCGCUGUAACCCGUUCCUUUAAUUGUAUUUCUGUUGACGGUGAUAUGAGUACCAACGAUACCAUUUGCAUGCUUGCCAAUGGUGCAGUUGACACCCCUGUCAUUGACGAAUCUUCGUCCGAUUUCAAGAAAGUCAGCAGUCAGGUCACUGAAUUUUCCAAACAGCUUGCCCAACUGGUCGUUCGCGAUGGCGAAGGUGCCACCAAAUUCGUUACCGUCAACGUCAAGAACAGUGCCGAAUUCAAAGAUGCAAGAACAAUUGCAGAGACUAUCGCAAACAGUAUGCUGGUAAAGAGCGCUCUUUACGGUCAAGAUGCUAACUGGGGCCGAAUCUUGUGCGCAAUUGGCUAUUCGAAGUUGGGCAACUACGAGUCCCUUGACGAAUCCAAAAUCAAUGUUAGUUUUAUCGCCACGGACAACUCAACUCCACGUGAACUAAAACUUAUCGCGAACGGUGUUCCUCAGCUCGAUAUCGACGAGUCAAGAGCCUCUGAGAUUUUGAGCUUGUCGGACCUCGAAGUCUUAGUUGAUUUGGGAACUGGCUCCGAAGACUGUCAGUUCUGGACUUGUGACUUGAGUCAUGAAUAUGUGACAAUUAACGGUGAUUACCGCUCUUGA